AUGGAAGCUACGCUGGCAAGGGCAGCUGACUUCGUGUACGGUGGAAGUAAGAGGCUUGACGUACAUGAGGUGGAGGACGGGGAAUGGGGGAAGCAGAAUCCUUCAGGCAAGUGGAGCGGCGUGGUAGGGGAACUGGCGGACGGAAAGGUUCAGCUGGCGGUCUGCUCCCUCAUCAUCACCACAGACCGGCUGGACGUCAUUGAUUUCAGCACGCCUGUCUAUGAGACUAGAGAGUCCGUCUUCGUGCGGUGGCCAGACCCGGAAGGCGACGGCCUGCAAGCGUCGGUGACGAGGCUGGGCGCGGUGUUCCAGGCGGAGGCGUGGGCGGCCGUGGGGACGGCGCUGGCGGCCUCCUCAAUCUGCCUCUGCCUGCUGGGCCGGCCGAGGGACGCCGUACUCAGGGCUGUGGCAGCCCUCUGCAGCCAAGGGAUGCUUGUUGACGCUGCAGGAGGCGACGUGGGUGGUGGUGCGCGGCGGAGGGUGGUGGUGGCGGUGCUGGCGACGCAUUUGUGUGGCAGCUGCCUGCUGGCCGCCUACUCUGGCCGGCUUACGGCGCUGCAGGCGGUGCGGCGGGUCAGCCCACCCUUCAGGGGUCUGCAGGGGCUGCUGGAGUGCCCGCAGUACACGCUGGGACUCAUCCGCGGAUCACGCCUAGACGCGCUUUUCUCGACAACUCACGAUCCAACGCUGCGCGCCCUGCAUCGGACCCGCAUGGUGAACGACCACCCACUGGAGUACAUAAAAGGCUUUCGGAGGGCGUGCCAGCAGCGCGGCUUUGCCUUGCUGGCCACUAAGCAGGUGCAGGGUGCGCUCGCAGACCGCCUGCCCUGCAGACUCAUGGAGAUCCCUGGUGCCUACUUUGAUGGCCUGGCUGCCUUCGGCUUCUCCAAAGACUUCAAAUACACCGCCGUGUUCAAUUACUGGUGA